CCGGCGGGCAGGCGGCGCCGGGACCGGGACCGGGACCGGGACCGGGACCCGGGCACUGACAUCGGGACUGACACCGGGACUGACAUCGGCAUCGGCACCGGGACUGACACCGGCAUCGGCACCGAGAUCGGCACCGGGAGCGGCACCGGGACCGACACCGCGAUCGGCACCGGGAGCGGGACUGGGAGCGGCACCGGGAGCGGCCGCACCAUGGGCGGGUGGCGGGAUAUGUCCGCGGAGGAGCUGGAGGACCAUUACUCUCCCAGCCGCUGGUCCCCCCGCCUGGACCGGGACACCAUCAUCGACGCGCACCUGGCGGUGACGGCGGCAGGAACCGAACGGGCCCGGGCCGGCGGGCAGACCUUGCUGCACGUCCCAUACGGCAGCGGGGACCGGGAGAAGCUGGACAUCUACUUUCCCACGGACCCUUCUGAAACCUUCCCGGCUCUGGUCUACAUCCACGGCGGAUACUGGCAGUGCUUGAGUAAGGACGAUUCGGGGUUUGCAGCCCCCCCGCUGGUGUCGCAGGGGGUGGCAGUGGUGGCGGUGGGAUACGACAUAGCCCCUAAAGGCCACAUGGACGCCAUGGUGCUGCAGGUGCGCCGCAGCCUCGUCUUCCUGGUGGAGCAAUACCCCAGGAUCAGAGGCAUUUACUUGUGCGGACACUCAGCAGGGGCUCACCUGGCAGCCAUGGCGCUGUCCACAGACUGGACGGAAUUCCAAGUGGUGCCAGAUAUCAAAGGAGCGGUGCUGGUGAGCGGCGUGUAUGACCUGGAGCCCCUCCUGCACACCUACGUGAAUGAUGCCCUGAGCAUGAGCCGGGAGGUGGCCCAGAGGAACAGCCCCAUGAGACACGUCCCCCCAGCAGGGCCAGCAGCCUGUGAGGUGCUUGUGGCUGUGGCCCAGCACGACUCUCCAGAGUUUCGCAGGCAGUCACAGGAGUACAGCCAGGCCCUGCGUGCAGCAGGCUGGCCCGUCUCUCUGCUGGAUCUGGCUGGUGUGGAUCACUUUGAUGUCAUUGAGAAGCUGUCAGAGGACAGCUACGUCCUCACUCAGGUGAUUCUGAACAUGAUUUCAAGAGCAUGAUGGCAUGUCAGGAGUAAACAGAAGGGGACCAUGGCCUGUGUGCUGGCAACAGGCAUCUGGCAUCCCCUGGCUCCUCAGUCUAACACAGGGUGACCAUGUCUCAGACCCCACCGUGCCUCUCUGCUCAGCCCAGCCCAGCCCCUUCCCUGGGGCGUUCCUGCCUGCUGGAGUGCAGGGACUGAGGGCCGCAAGGCUCUCUCUGGGCAGCUGGAUCAUGAAGUGUGUUCCCUCAGUGUCCUUUAAACUGCACAUUGGCAAUACUCGCCCCUGGGGAGAAGCCAUGCCCACCGGGGAGGAGGUCCCACCCCCAGGACAGGAGGGGUCUGAGGCAGCUCUCAUGUAGGGAGAGUAGUUACAAAAGUGUCCCAAUUAAAAUCUCAUUUACUUCUAAAUAUC